GGAGUCAGCUCAUUAUCCUUCCCAUGUCAGUCAACCUGUCAAUCGAUUUUGCUACGGACCCGAAGAGCUGAGCGAGCUCGAGCUCCAUCAAUGUCGGCAGCUGCUACAGCUCUCUCCCUCUCCUUCUCUUCCAAUUCGCCUCCCCACCUGCAUCUCCACCUCAGAGCCCACCCCUUCACUCCCCCGCCCCCUUACCUCCACACCCAGUUCUCCACUCUCCCUAAUGUCGCCACCCGCUCACACUUCAGGCCCUCUUUCUCCCACUCCCCCCCCUCCCCACCUCCGCCCUCCACUGCAACCGCCGACACCUCUGUCCCGUUCCUAGACGACCCUUUCCGGCCCCUCAAGUUCCUGACCAACGACGAGUUCGAGAAGCUCAAGUUCUUGGAGAGCUACUCCUACUUCCAGGAGCUGAAAUCCGGGCACCUGACGGUUAGGGUCAUGAGGGCGGAGGAAAUGGACGAGACGGUGAAGCUGCUGGCCGAGUCCUUCGCGGACUCGAUGCUGCUGCCCCCUGGGUACGUGCCUCUGCUGCGGUUUCUGGUGAAGAAGUACUUGAUUGAGAGGAGAAGCGUGAUGCCCCAUGCUGUGACUCUGAUAGGGUUUUACAGAGAAAGAACAGAUGAGGACGAAGAAGAAGGAGAAGAGCUGGCGGGGACUGUGGAGGUUUGCUUCGAUAAAAGGGGUUCCAAUGCUUCUCCUCCUUCGCCUACUCCCCCCAAGAACUCGCCGUACAUCUGCAACAUGACUGUGAAAGAGCAGCUCAGAAGGAAGCGCAUUGGCUGGCACCUUUUGAAGGCCAGCGAGGAACUGAUUUCACGGAUGAGUUCUGAGAGAGAGGUCUACUUGCACUGCAGAAUGAUCGACCUGGGACCCUUCAACCUGUAUAUGAAAGCAGGUUACCAGGUCAUCAAGACCGAUGGAUUCCUCGUCCUGCUGAUGUUUCAGAGACGCAAACACUUGAUGUGCAAGGAGCUUCCUCCUGUAAUUGAGAGCUCUCUGGAGUUGGAUAGCUCUGGCUCGAACAAUGAACAAGUUCCCGAUGUUGAGGAAUCAUGAUUCGACUAGGUGAGCUUCCUUUUGUUGUUGACUUCAUGCCUCCCCUUCUUAGCCAAUGGAGCUCAUGUCUCCCAUUUUUGCUCUGUCUCCCUUUUCAUGUGAAUCGAGUAUCUUUGUACAGUUUCCAAAUUGUAUAUUACAUGGUUUCCUAUAGCUUCCAUA